CGGAAAACGGAAGUUGACUGGUACCUGAUUCGCUCUAGUACUACCUUCAGCGCAGCGCUUGAAUUUGACAGCCUUUUUACUCUCGGCGAGUGUAUGGAAAUAGACGUGUAAGAUGAAGUUGAACGUAUCGUUUCCCGCUACCGGGGCCCAGAAGACCUUCGAGGUCAUGGACGACCACAAGCUGCGUCACUUCUACGAGAAGCGUAUGGGAGCCGAAAUCACCGCUGAUCAUCUCGGUGACGAAUGGAAGGGCUACGUUUUCAAGAUUGCCGGCGGAAACGACAAGCAGGGUUUCCCCAUGAAGCAGGGCGUCCUAACCAACACCCGUGUCCGUCUGCUGCUGAAGAAGGGUCACUCUUGCUACCGCCCACGUCGUACCGGUGAGCGCAAGCGUAAAUCGGUCCGUGGUUGCAUCGUUGACCAGAACUUGUCGGCGCUGGCGCUGAUCGUCAUCAGGAAGGGAGAGAAGGACAUUCCCGGAUUGACCGACACCAUCGUUCCUCGUCGCCUGGGACCGAAGCGUGCCAGCAAUAUCCGCAAGCUGUACAACUUGACCAAGGAAGACGAUGUCCGUCAGUUUGUUGUCAAGCGUCCGCUGCCGGAGAAGGAUGGCAAGAAGGCCAAGACCAAGGCACCGAAGAUUCAGCGUCUGAUCACUCCAGUGGUUCUGCAGCGCAAGAGGCACCGUCUGGCAAUCAAGAAGCACCGCGUCGAGUCCCGCAAGGAAGCCGAAGCCGAGUACAUGAAGAUCUUGCACCUGCGCCGUCGUCAGGAGCGUAUCCGUCGUCGGUCCCGCCUGUCGUCGAUGCGUGACUCGCGCAGCUCGGUCGGUGAGGAACGCGACAAGGAGAAGGAGAAGGUCGCCGCCAAGGUUGCCAAGAAGGUCGCCAAAAAGGAGGCCAAGAAGGAAGUGAAGAAGGUCACUGAUGCCGCCAAGAAGGCUGACGCCAAGAAGUCGGACAAGAAGACCGAUUCCAAGAAGUCUGACGCCAAGAAGGCCGAUGGCGGAAAGAAGACCGCCGGAGACAAGAAGGAAAAGAAGGAAAAGAAGGUCGAGAAGAAGGCAACCUCCACCGCCGGCAAGAAGGAAGCGCCCAAGAGGAAACCAGAAGCCGCCAAGGGUGAAGCCAGUGCGGCCAAGAAGGAAAAGAAGCAGAAGAAGAAGUAAAUAACUCUCCUGGCGCUUUUUUUUGUAAUUUAAUCUUAAUGAUAACCACAAAAAAUACAGAGUUAAGAAACUA